AUGUCGACUACUACGUCCGCCAUAAAGUCCAUGGACGCCGGUCGUCGCGAUGACGGCCAGGAUCCAACCCUACCGUCGCCGCCGCCGCCUCACGUCUCCGAGCCCCGACUCUCAACGCCCGUCAGCCACGAAGGCUCCUCGACCGCUCAGAAGUCGCCCGGCGGCUCAGAGUCUCACGGCACCAGUUUCCCGGCCUUUGCCAAGAAGACGCCCACGAAGCUCGUCCGAAGUACGACGCCCAACGCAAAGGAUGUCAAGCCUGUCAAGGCCUCGCCCGCUGCCAUCCAAUCUCCCGCUGCAAUCGACCCGCUAUCACAGCACAUCUUGAUUCGAACAAACACAGAUCACACCGUUCCCCCUCAGCUUCGGAGACGUCCCGAUAGCCCGAUCCCGGACCCAGAACAACCUUCAAAGCUGCCACUACAUCCUUUCGAUGCCAACAAAGACAAAAGGAAAGGACCGUCGUUUCUGAGUCGAUUGAGCAUGCGAGGCGGACGGCGACGCGACGAGGACGAGGACUCCGUCUUCAGUGAUCACCGAAUCGAUGGGACGAAUGCCCAAGCAUUUUCCUCGGCUAUCGGCUCGGGAUUCAUCCCUCACCACAAGGAACCACCGAGAUACAUUCGGGUCAAGGCACACAAUAAGAAAGCUCGCGAGUUCAAUCGCAUGUUCCUUGCCCAGGAGUUGGUGAUCCCACCAACCAAUUCCAAUGGCGACAAGAGUACGACCGUGAUAGUGUCGACUGAUACCAGACGAUUGAAUAAUAGCGGAGCCAUCUGGGCUACUGAAUUCAGUACGGAUGGCAAGUACUUUGCCGUCGCGGGAAAAGAUCAAGUCGUGAGAGUUUGGGCAGUGAUAUCGACGCAUGAGGACCGACGGCGAUACGAAGAGGAAGAAAAUGCCAAUGGAGACCAUGGAGAAAGGCUAAGUGCGCCUGUUUUCCAUAGCAAGCCAACACACGAAUUUCACGGACACACCGGCGAAGUUCUUGACCUUAGCUGGAGCAAGAACAACUUCUUGUUGUCCUCGUCGAUGGAUAAGACAGUUCGUCUCUGGCACGUUAGUCGGAAGGAGUGUCUCUGCACUUUUAAGCACAAGGACUUUGUCACCUCGAUUGCAUUUCACCCCACCGACGACAGAUUCUUCCUGGCGGGAUCUCUAGACUCGACGUUACUUGUCCGAUCUGAUCACGGCGGUGGCCUUUUCGCCCGACGGCAAAACGGCCAUUGCUGGGGCCUCUCGGGGAUGUGCAUGUUCCACGAUACCGAGGGUCUCAAACAGACGACCCAGCUGCAUGUUCGUUCAUCCAGAGGCAAGAAUGCCAAGGGUAGCAAAAUCACCGGCAUCAAGACGAUGGUCAUUGAUGAUGAGGUCAAGGUCUUGAUCACGUCGAACGAUUCGAGAGUUCGCAUCUACAAUCUGCGCGACAAGAGCCUGGAGUCCAAAUUCAAGGGUUACGAGAACACCUGCAGUCAGAUUCAUGCCGAUUUCAGCGACACCGGAGAGUGGAUUGUCUCUGGAAGCGAAGAUAAGAGAACGUACAUCUGGUCGGUGGAUUCUGUGGACUCGGAAAAAGAUAAGCCAUGCGAGUAUUUCGAUGCGCAUUCUGAUCGAGUAUCGACGGCAGUGUUUGCGCCAACAAAGUCACGGCAGCUUCUCAGCGGCUCAGGGGAUCCUCUCUACGACCUCUGCAAUCCGCCGCCGGUAACUCUCAUGAGCCUUGAAGAAUCGAUCGCUAGUCAGACGGGCAAUUCUGACGAAGAGAAGCCGCAAAUCAAGAAACCCGAGGAAUCGCCAGCAUACAUUGAAAAGUCGAAGCAUUUGGACGGGCAAAUUCUGGUGACUACGGACCAGUCCGGUGUCAUCAAGGUUUUCCGUCAAGACUGCGCAUACAUCAAACGCCGCCAUGAAAACUGGGAAACUGGCUCGACAUUCUCUCGUCGGCUGGGAGGCAGCGUUGUGGGACGUAGCGGAAGUGUAGCGACGCGCACAAGUGUUGGCAGCCACCCUCGUUCUCGUCGUGGAUCAAUAUCACGCCUGGCCGCCCCUGGCGCUGCUCAGCUGAGCUCUGACAUCAACACUUGGCGACACGGGAUCGAAAAUGGGCGCCCAAACUCCAUGAUCAUCACUCCUUCGCAAAGCGAGCGCUCGCUGUCGCCUAGCAAGGCUUCGCAGACGCCCGUCAAUUCAAGCGCCGCGAACCUUGCAUCCGAGGCACGGAAACAACCGUAUGGCGUGUCUUCGCCGCCGACACGUCCGCAACUUCCGGCUAGUCCCACGUCGAGCCGGGCCUCCCGCGACCGGGCGCCGUCCAUUCCCCCGACCCCAAGCUUCUCAUUUUUGUCAGCAGAUGAUGAUGACAGUGACGAGCUGCGACUCGAUCCCGCAGGAGCUAGCUAUUCUUUCUGGAAUCUGAACCGAUGGAAGGGGAUCUCGUCACUGAGGUCGUCCGUAUCCUUCAGCAAUGCCAAUACAUCACAGUCGCAAGUGGGACAGGGGCGAAAUAGUAUGAGCACAGCGGACACUACACAAACAAACGCCAGCAAGGGCACCAAGGCUUCUCGGCGCAAGAGCAUCGGCACGGGAAUAUUUGACAAGGCCGUUGAGGAAGAACAGAACGGCAUGACGAAGAACGUUGAGAAGACGACUGAAAAGGGCGAGAUUGAUGACCAGCUUUUGCGGCCCGUCGGCCGUGGUGCUGACGGUCAAUUCCGGAACUCCGUGGUCAGUCGUUUGAGUUCAGAGUACACUAGUGACGAUGGGGAGCAACCGUCCUGUCAGAAGUGCGCGAGCAAAGACUUCAAGGCCAAGAGGGUAGGCGGCAGACAGCGCCUCAUUUGCGUAAAGUGCGGCAAACUUGUUGACGACGGCAAGUAA